AGGACAACCAUCUAUACGGAUACUAGAGGCUGUAUGUUUACAACGUGUCGAUACUACAUCCAUGAGUUUAAACCAGUUUUCUAAGGAAUCAGUUAACCAAUCUAAUGGCAAACUUUUAAAACUAAAGAAGGUGGAAAUUAUAAAAAGUAAUGAGGAAGAUAUCAAUAAGAAGAAGAAAGGCAAAAUCUGGAGGGUCUUAAAAAAAGUUCAAAGAAAUCAUAAGACAUAUAGAGUAUAUAGAUGUGGGUGGUGUAAAUCUUUUCUUAGCAAAAAUGCAACGCAGUGUAUCAUGUGCCUUACCCACAAGCAAGGCAAGAUACAUUUCAAGUGUGGAAUAGGUGCUCGAAAGCAACAGAUAAAGUCAAGAAACAAAAAACAAAUAGAUAAAGAUGUAAAAACGGAUAAGUUGUGGAGAAUUUCAUGCGCGUAUAGAUACAAAGAUGACAAAGUGAUAUAUAAAGACAAAUGUGGCUGGUGUCAUUCAUUUUUGGCUAAGGAUGCAAAGCAGGGCCAUGUUUGUCUUAUAAGAAAAGAAAAGCGGGAAAAUGUCACGACUAACAGAAGUUUUCUCAAGAAAAAAUCUGUAUCUAAAACUGCGAAGUCACACUCAACAAGUGACUCAGUAGUCAAAGAUGUCACUAACCCUUAUCAAAAGUCAAGUACAGGAAAGUCAUCAAUGAGACAAGACUCAUCAGCUAAUAUACUAGAGAUCGGUAAUCUAAACAAAGACCCUGCAAAGAAAAGUGAACCAAAAUGCAAAUUGCGUAAGUCUGCUGUGAAAAAGGAUUCCCAAAUUAAAGUGUCCUACUAUACAUCAAGAACCGGGAAUAUUAUCAAAAUGUACAAAUGCUCUAAGUGCAGCCGUUUUUUGAAAAAUAACUCCAAAAAAUGCACCAGAUGCUCUGACCUUUUAAGAAGACGCCUCACUCAUCCUAAGAUUUCUUCUGAAAAAUCAAAAAUGAUUGCUGAGACUAAAAAGAACAAGCUCGUAUUAAAGUCCAUCCAGCCUAUUGGGGAAGAAGGACCAAACGAUGCUAUAUUCAAAUAUGUAGCAAAAUUAUGCAGAAUCUGUAAAAGAAUUGUCAAGAAACCAGAGGAAGAGUAUUGUUAUAAAUGCAGAGAGAAGAGUAGAUAUGAGAGGAUAUUAAAAGCAAUGAAGGCUGAGAAGAGUAAUGAAGAUGAUGCUGGAACAAAUACGAGUGAUGCGGUAGGACAUGGAAGCCCUGCUGAGAACGAAGCUUCUAGGUCUAAUGAGGCAAAGAAGGUAGUGAAGCUAUGCAGUAUUUGUAAGAGAAUAGUCAAAAAACCACAUGAAGAUUACUGUUAUAAAUGCAGGGAAAGGAGCGAAUACAAAGAUAUAUUGCGAGCAUUAAAAGCAAAUAAGGAGUUGCGACAAGCUAACGAUCCGAGUACUAUACCAGCAAAUGACGACAAGUUUGAGUUCGUAAAUGUUGAAGCACCAAGCACUGAAAAUGGCCGAGAGAACGUUCUUGAUGAAAAUAGUCAGAGCUUAGGCUCAUCUGCCAACAGAAAGGGUGAAAAUGAGGUUACAUAUAACGAAUAUGAAGAAGACGAAACUAAUUACAUAUCUUUGAAAGAUAUCGAAUUACUUACUGGUGAAUAGGCUCGUUAAAGAACUAUAAGAAAUACAUGGCUCAUCAAACUCUGAAGUAUAAUACACUUAUAUAUUUUAUUUAUCUGCCUGCAAUAUGUUUUAUAAUUUUGUGAAAUAAGGCUACAGUAUAGAAACGUACUGAAUUUGUGGAUUAUAUAGGGUGAAGUUUUGAGACCUGACAUAAUUUUAUAGUAAUACCUUUAUGUGGAAUGCUAACUCAUGAUAAAUAAAAUGUUUAAACACAUAGUCCAUUUCUCGAUUGAUAAGAACACAGGUUAACCAAAGCGAAAGAGGAAAGAGUCUCUCAUUUUGGUCUUACAAAUUAGUUACAUUCAUACAUUAUGUGUUGUUUACAUCAAGCGAAAAAUAUUUAAAAAGCAAAUAGAUUGAAGAAUGAAGGCUUUCACGCCUAGUUCUAAUCUUAUUUAGGUUUUUCAGGCUGUUGAGCCGGGGUCGGGUUGGAUUUUCUCCAGAGCUUUCAGCUACAUCUGCGGAGCCAUCUUCAGUGAGACUGAAGAGCUCGGCUUGGCGGGUGGACUGAAACUGAUCGGUAAACUCGAUGGGUGUGCGGCUGUCUGGUGGGGUUACUGUAGGUCCCCUGCGCGACGUGGUAUUGGUGCUGUGUUCUUUAGUAUUGGGAACCACGUCUUGUCUAAAGCAAGGUCAUCUUCUUUUCUAUUGAAAUUAUCCAUGUGUUUCUAGUGUUCAAUUGCUUCACUGUACAUUCGAGCUGAGCAGUGGGUGGAUGUUGACUUCAGUUUGGUUGAACAGAACAUUGUGGCCGUCUUGGAGUGCGUGUUCGGCCACCACUGAUUUAUCAAUUUGUUCCAGGCGACAGAUUUUCUCGUGCUCGUCAAUCCGUGUUUGAAAGCUACGUUUAGUUGUGCUUACGUAACAUAUACUUUACCACACGAACACGGUAUUCUGUAUACGCCGGUACCGCUCAGGCUGUCCCUCGGGUCCUUUACUGAUGUUAAGAGUUGCUGGAUUCUAUUUGUUGGCUUGUAGAUGGUCUUGACGUUACUAUUCUAUCCAUAGUGCCUUUAAUGUAUGAUAGGAAGGAGACUUGCGAAGGUGGUUGCUUGUCUCCUGCCGGCGGCGGCGGUCUGCUUUUUUGUCGUGAAAUUUGUUCCCUGCGAUAGCCGUUUGCUUGUAAAACCAUGUUAACAUGAUACAGUUUCCCCUGCAGGUAUUGAGGUUCACAAAUUCGGUGUUCCCUGUCUAUCAGAUUUUUAAUGACACCUCGUUUUUGUCCAGGAUGAUGGUUGGAGUUCUUGUGUAGAUAUCUGUCAGUGUUUGUUGCUUUGCGGUAAACUCUGUGACCCAACUUUAAGUUCUCUCGUCUGACCACCAAUACGUCCAGAAAGGCCAGUUGAUUGUCCUCUUCUAUCUCCAUUGAGAUUUUGAUUUUGGGGUGAAUGCUGUUAAGGUGACUUAAGGCGUUGGCUACAGUAUGUGGAUGAUACCUUUGUGGUGUGGAGCCACGAAAGAACAGAACUAGCAGUGUUCCGAAAUCACCUUAACAGCAUUCACCCCAAAAUCAAAUUCACAAUGGAGAUGAUGAGGACAAUCAACUGGCCAUUCUAGACGUAUUGGUGGUCAGAUGAAAGAAGUU